CUAGAGGCUUGGCUCUUACUUUAAUGUGUGCAGAUGUUACAGUACAGCUUCAGUAUGUCAUGGUUGGUUCCCACCACUACCAUCUCUUUUAAUGUGGGCUAAAGCCAAGUCCAAUACUAACACGAAGUAAAUAGCAGCUAUGUUCAUGUAAUAACAAUCUAUGUAGUAUUAAAGGCCCUAUAUAUAAUCUAGUGGCUGAAAGUCAGCCUGUCUCUUACUUGAAAUCCUAUACUAUAUGUUUUAUUAUAUCUAGAUAGAUUUAAAUUCCAUUUGAUACAAGCCAUCUGAUGAAAAGAAAAUUACAAUGGCUUUUAUCAAUAAGUGGCUCAUUUUCAGCAUGACACAAGUUUGAAUGCUUGGAACGCAUGUGUUCUUAAAUGCAUAAUGAAGUAGAUAUACCCAUUCCUGUUGAUUUGUCUUGUGUUCUGCAAGGUAUUUAGUACAACUGCAUGAAGGUGAGCUCGUCCUGCAGCACACAGAUCACACCACAGCGAUUGAGGACUUGGACCCUUCCACCACUGUCAUCCACAUCUCAGAUGGUAACGCGACUGUUGAGAAGCAGCAUGGAUGUGAUUCCUUUACUGUGCACACCAAGAAAAACAAGUAUCAGUUUAGGGUACCGGAUAGCUGUCACUUCAAGAGUACAGAAGAAAUAAAGAAAGAUCGGGAUGAAUGGGUACAGGCCAUUGAUAAGUUUUGUCUUCACUGGAAACGCAAAUCCCAAUUCGAACCUGAAGAUGAUGGGUUAUAUUCAAUCAUACAGGAGAGUCGGGUCUUGGACAUCAAAGAUCAGGUGGCGGAGAAGGAGCCGGUUUCCCUUGUCAGUGCAAACACAGACCCCCCACUAUCAACGUCCACUUCGGAACCAAACGUUGUGAAUGCUGUUUUACCCCAGACCCCAUUUUCUACACAGUUACCGCCUAGUACACUGGCACAGACGAUGUUUCAGACUCCUUCUCCGAAGUCACCUGCAACAGUGCCUCCCCCCUCAGAGUGUGUAAAGACACUGCCGGUCCCAGCACCGCCCCCCCCUCCACCAUCUCUGAGUCUGCAAUCCAAAUCUAUAUCAAAGAGGACAAAAGCAUUUCACUGGGACCUGAUAUCUCAAGAUAAGAUUUCAAAGUCUAUAUGGACACAGUGCAGCACAGAGAAGAUCAAGAUAGAUGCAGAAUUGCUCUAUGAUCAGUUCAGGAUCCAGGAACUAGGAACCAUUGUUGGAGUGGAGUCUGCAACAAACCAUCAAAUCUUGCUAAAUCAGAAAGUGGCACAUAAUUUUAAUAUUUUUCUCAAAAGCUUUGAUGUAAAGCCCUACGAGUUGAAAGAAAAGGUACACAUUAUAAACGCAAAGGACGGCGGUCUUACCGACGAGCAAAUCUCAUCCCUCCGGAGGUAUGUGCCUACACCAGAUGAUAUAGAAAUGUAUAAAUCAUACAAGGGUUCACCAUCCGAGCUUCAUUUGGUUGACCAGUAUAUGAUGGAGAUGUGCAAUAUCCCCAAUUUAAAUAAUCGACUGGACCUUUUGCUCACGAUCAGAGAACUUCCAAUUAGUGUGGAUGACCUUCAGCCUCUGAUAAACCAGAUGAUUAAAAUGUGCACUCAGUUGAGGAACAGCAAGUCAUUUGUUUCUGUGUUAAAGUACCUGCUAGUUGUUGGAAAUUACCUCAAUGAGAAUGCUGGGAAGGAGAAGGCCAAAGGUUUCAGACUCUCUUCUUUAACAAAACUCACACAAAUGCGUGGAAAGGAGAGAAAAGUCACCUUGCUGCAUGCCCUUGUCCAGCAGAUCAUGUUACAUGAACCCGACUUGGCUAUUUUUUUCCAAGAGUUGACAGAAUUUGAAACUGUUCCAGGGGCUUCAAUUAAAGGGCUCACUGCAGAAGUGGAUGUUCUGAAGAAUGAGCUGCAGAAAAUAAUUCAACACAAAAAGGUUUUAAAUAAAGUUUUAAAUAAAGUUAACCGGGAAACACAGUUUUACAAAGACCUAAAGACUGUACUUCAGAAGUAUGAAGCAGACCUUUCUCAGCUGACAAGGAAAUGUGACGAAAUGAAGAAACUGUACAGUGACAUACUGGUGAAAUUUGGGGAGCCACAAGAACAAGACUCACAGGAGCUUUUCGGAUGGGUGUGCUCAUUCAUCAGCAAUUUCAAGAAGAUUCAUGAAGAAAUCAUUGCAUAAGGACUUUCACGACGAGUACGGGUCCCCACACAGCAUGGACAUUCUGAGGGCGUGAGACCGUCCUCCAAUAACACAAGCCUAAAGCCAGAAUCGCUUUUACACCGAGCAAUCCAGAGCAGAGGUGGGAAGGCUACCAAUCAUGUAGA